AUGUCCGUAUCACAAUACUGGGGGAGCCUUGGUCCGCCACCCUCCCCACCGCCGGGCAACUGGGAUCCUCUGGAGGUGGUGCUCGACACGGAGACGCUCGUGCUGAGGGCUACAGCUCCCUUGACGGGCACAAUACCGAUGCCGCCAGCGCCACCUUCUCCAGCGUUCAGGCCGAUCAAGGUGCUCAAGCGCUGGAAGAAAUUCAACCCAGAGGUGCAGGUCAGCGACGCCAAGGAGCAGAAGGAAACAUUUGUACUCAGCCACACGGCGUACAAACGCAGGAAGCGCAAGGAGAAGUUCGCCAAAGUCAGGGACAUGUACAUGAGCAAGCUCUCCGAGGAGGUUCCGCCGAGCUCGGCAUCACCGAGGAAGAUGGGGAGCGGCCAGGCCCUCGCGGCUGCGCCGAGUACUUCAUUGGCGACCUCUCCAUCAACGGGGACGGGGACGGCGAUCAUGGUCAACAUCGGCGACAUGAAGGAGAAGACCAGGCCUACCAUAGUGCGCAAGAGUCACGGCUUCAACAUCGACGCAAAGACAUUCAUGCCAGGAGUUCAGUACACGUUGGAGGAGGAUGACAGUUCACCGAUCCAGAGCGGCGUCGAGGGCGACUUCGAGCCCACUUUCGACGACAUCAUCAAUGGCAAGUUCGACAAUUCGGAGGGCAUCUUCCCGCCCGCCAUCAGCAACACCGAGGGCGACUUCCUGCCCUCCUUCGCGGGCGACUUCGCGCCCAUCCUGAAGAGUGACACCGAGGGCGACUUCCAGCACCUUUCCAAGAAUGACUUCGAGGGCAACUUCGAGCCCACCUUCAACUUCGACACCGAGGGGCUCGCCACGGGCGACACUGCGGACCGCUUUGCGGCCGGCGUGGAGGUCUUCGGCGAUCCCGACAAAAAGGGCCACAUCGGGCCCGAGCAGGGCGGGAAGAGGCAGUACACGGAGGACCAGCUCGCGACCCUGGGCGCUGAUCGUUUGGCG